AUGUCUCUCCACUCGGACCUCGUCCAGGAAUCGAAACUCGAGACGACCUUCUUCCCGAGCCACACCCGACACACCUUCUACCAGCGCGGGACGACAGGCCGCGAACGAAGACUCAAGGUCGAGGAGCAAUGGACGCGGAAGAAGCGCCUCGGCCAGGGCGCCUACGGCACCGUCUGGUUGGAGACGUGCGAUCGGCCCGCGAGGCAGAGCGUACCGGCCGUCCGGGCCGUCAAGGAGAUACCCAUCGACGCCGCCAAGUCGGACAAGGUUGAAUACCUCCAAGAGCUGGAGGCCAUCAUGAAGUUUUCUCAGUCACGGUACACACCCUGUUUCGUCCAGUCCUUUGGCUGGUUUGAAGGUCCCGAGUCCAUUUACAUCACGAUGGAGUACAUCGCCAAGGGAGACCUGCAGCAACAUCUUAGACAUCCCAUCCCCGAACGGGAGACCAAGAUGGUUGCUUUCCAGCUGGCGGAAGGCCUCGAGCACAUGCACACGAACGGCUUCACGCACAGGGACCUGAAGCCAGGGAACAUACUUGUCGUCUGCGGCAGUCCCAACUGGCUUGUGCAAAUAUCAGACUUCGGCAUCAGCAAGCGGCUGCGAUCUGAUCAGUCCACCCUCGGCACUAUCCGCAAGGGGACGCUGGGCUUCAUGGCUCCAGAGAUGCUCGGCUUCGUGAAGGACAGGGGGUACCCGCACGCCGUCGAUAUCUGGUCCUUAGGGGCCGUGGUGUACCGCAUGUUGACGAACGGUUCCCUGCUCGCAGACUUCUCGCAGCUUCACAAGUACGCGCUGGGCGAGGCCUCGCUGCCGACCGAGGACCUCGACUCAUGUGGCGCAACGCCAUCUCUCAGGGACCUUUUAAACCAGCUCCUUGCGCCGUCGCCUAGGACGCGACCGUCCGCCACGCAUGUUUUGGAGCACGAAUGGUUCAAAAACGAUAUCGGAACCUCGUUGGAAGAUACCGUGGAAACCGGGGGGGACGAUGAUCUUGCUGGCAAACUCCAGCUUGAUGCCCUUGGCUUCCGCCACGAGGCCCCGGAUUCCACUGACGAAACAGGUGACUCCUACUCCGCUGCCUGGAGUACUGUCGUGUUAUCGGAAACGACAACCCGGCCAUUGGAAGGGAAGACUGUGAACAAGCCAGCGGCCGAAACGGCCGAGGGCAUCGUCAGUUCCGGCACGGUCGAAGGCCCGGACGAGAAUGCGUUAGACGCUGUCAGUAACGAAAACACCAUCCCGGUACAGCCUCACAUUCCACUCACAACGACACGUUGUACUACGGCAGAGGCCCAAACGUCAGAGAUACAUGUCGAACAAGGCUACAGCGCUUCUCAUGUCGAAUCCCAAAAAGUCGAACUCGACACUGUCGUCAUCCCGAUUCCCAUGGGCGAUAGGGACGAUGUUCCACCCUCCAGAACACUUCCAUGGACGCCGCUUCACACCGCCUCGAAAUACGGUCAAAUCGAACGCGUCAGGAGAUUCGUCGAGGAGGGGGCGGACUUCACGCUUGCGAUCUCCAGCGGCUCGACGCCACUCUCCUUGGCCUCGUCCAACGGCCACCCAGACGUGGUGAAAUUGCUUCUCGACAAGGGGGCGAGCUGCAAUGUCGUCAACAACAGCGGGUGGACGCCGCUCUGCGCCGCGCUGUCCGGGGGCCAUUGUGAAGUCGCCAAGCUGCUCAUCCUGAAUGGAGCAGAUGUUACAGCAGCAAUCUCUGACGGGGGGACGCCACUGCAUGUGGCCGUAAGCAACGGCUACCCAGACGUCGUGAAGCUGCUCCUCGAGAGAGGGGCGGAUCCAAACGCUGCCACCAACGAGGGCUGGACGGCUCUCUCUUGGGCCUCAGACCGCGGCAAUGUCGACCUUGUCAAGUUGCUCCUCGACUGGGGAGCCAACAGCAACGCCUCGGUCACCGCUAACAUAUCAACGCCGCUUCACAUAGCCGUGAGUGCCGGCCACCUCGAGGUUGUCAGGCUGCUCCUCGCCAAGGGGGCAGACUGCAACAUCACAACUGGCAGCGGUUGGACGCCGCUCCAUUCUGCCGUGAAAUACGGUCAAACGAAGUCGGCCGAGUUGCUGCUCGAGUAUGGGGCGGACGUCGCCCGGGCCGACAAGCUGGGGUGGACGCCGCUCCUGGGGGCGGCAGACGGGGGGAAUCUUUCGAUCGCCAUCCUGCUGCUCAGCAAGGGGGCAAAUACCGCAGCCACCACCGCAGACGGCUGGACGGCGCUUGGGUUCGCCUCCGCCCGGGGCGAUUUCGGCCUCGUCAAACUCCUACUCGAGAGGGGGGCCGACCCCAAGGUUGCUUCCGCAGGGCUGACGCCGCUCGGCCUGGCCACGAACAACGGCCAUGAGCUGGUUGCCAAGCUGCUCCGCGACAAGAUGAGCCUCAACUCCUUUUUUCCUCGCGUUGGAAAUUCAAGACGCACUUUCCGUCUACGAAAUAAAGGAUUUACAACAGUUACUUUCUCCAAGACCAAAUAA